AUGUGGUGUUGGAACCAUGUUCGUGGGACAGAGCUCCAAGAGCUUCUGAACAAUCAAGAUUACACACUUGUCGCUUUUAUCGGAGUAAGUUUCCCUUCAUUAGUCCUAUACCUUGACAUGGUUAAAAGUACGACUAAAUGGAUGGAGGCCACCAGUCAGAGAAAUUGUAUCGCUCCGGGGGUCAAGUGUAUGAACAUUACAGAGGGCCUCGACUCGCCAGCAACAUUCGUGAAGCGCUCUCUUCGACCUGCAGUCUCCGGUCUUGGGGCAGAAAAUGUUACCGAUUUCAGCUCGACCGACGAUUACGUGUUCAUCCUUCACCUGACGAACGCAGACGCGGGUAAAGGCCUCUAUAAGCGCUUCCACGAUUUAGCAACGGCGUUUAGAGACCGUUACUCUUUUGGUGUCGUCCCGGCAAAGGAACAAGACGGGGCGUCCACUCUCGAAUGCUACAAUAGUCCGGACGAGGUACAAAGGUCAACUCAGAACCUUGUUGAUGACUUCAGUUCGUUGAAGGGCUUUUUUGAGAUAUGCACCAGUCGCCUGGUUCCAGAAAUGACGCGAGAGAACAAAAAAUACUUUACAGAGGGCACAGGAAACGUUCUGUACUACUUCAGUUCUCACCCCGACGACCGCGAGAGGUUUGCGUCAAGUCUGCGAGAAACGGUUAGGAAACGCAUCAAGGACCUUGAGUUUGUCACCAUCGACCCCGUGGCCUUCCCGGAAGUUCCGGCGAACAUAGGUCUGAAGUGGGAUUUUCCCGCAAUAGCCUUACAGGACAAUAGCAGAGGCCUCGUGUUUCCCUCGGAGAAAAAUGACUACAUCACUCCCAGCAUGGUUGAGAACUUUGUUCGGUCCUUCAAGGAUGGCAAUACCAGCCCCUCGCUCUGGGAUCCUGUUGAGAUAGGCACAAAAGACAAGGAUUUGAACGUGGACACGAGUAGCGAGGAGGUGGCAACUCAUGAUGAGCUCUGAAGCGACUUUGCUUGGAUUUGAAAAGAGAGAACAUUUUCAUAAUUGUAAUCAGUAGUUAAGGCGUUGAUUUAAAGGGUACACGCAAGUGGAACCCACACCAGAGUGAAAACAACGUUAUUUAAUAUUAUUAAGGACUCGGGAGACUGGCGGAUGUGGAGAUCCUUGACAUUGCGCCCUUUUGAGCCCGAUCAAAGCUGGGCAGGCACACCGCGCAUCAAACGCGGUAUUAAUGUAUUUGGUUCCUUGGCACGCAAUCUUGACUGAAUAGAUGUAGGAUCAUGUGGCGGUGCUAAUGGUGACGACAUUGAACGGGUUGAGCCGAUCUGGAAGCGUAAUAUCGAAGUAGGCAAUCAUUGAUCAUACACACAUGCUGAGAUGCGUAGCCGAGGAGGUCCCUCGUAGGGUCUCAUAGACACACAUU